AUGGCGCGCACGCUUAUUGAUCCCCUCGCUCCCCAGCAGCCGUAUACGCCAGCGCAGGCAUACGGUCCCAUGACGUUGCCGACUGCGGGCAGCAACAUCCUCGCCGGGAUCGCCAAUACGGUAAACGGGGCGCUCCCGCGCAUGGUAAAGCCGCUCCCCGGCGAAACCCCGGAUACGCCGUGGGCUCCGUGGAUGCAGGCGGCCGCGCAACAGCCGCAGGUUCCGCAGCAGGCGGCACCAGCAUACGGAACACCCUCCGCGGUAUGGCCCGGCGGUGAGCCGGCGACGGCAGCACCCUCCGGGAUGCCCGCGAUCACGCCGGGUAUAGGCGCGUCAUUUCAGCAGGCAGAAUUUGCCCCGGCACUUCAGGCGCUCCGGAUGGCGACGCAGCCACAGACUUCCCAGCAGGCUGCCCCCGCGUAUGCGCCACCUACGCCAGCCCCAGCCCCUGUCGCCUCGGGCUAUACGCCCCAGACAAGCCAGAACCUUAACUGGCAGGACCCGAGAGCGGUUACCGUGCGUGCUGCGCAGCAGAUGCUCGGGAUCAAUAUGCCGGCCGCGCAGCGGUCGCUUCAGCAGCAGCAGCAGAACGAGGUCUACAAUGGGACGCAGGCGGGUCAGACGUUUACGCAGAUGCUUGCCGCGGGUAUUCCUGCCCCGCAAGCUGCGGCCCUUACGCAUCUGUCUGGUGCGCUUGGUAGUCCGCAGGCUGCAAUGGGUUACAUGGAUAGCCCGCAGGCAGCGCAGAACGCACAGACCCUUUCGGCCUAUCAGCAGCAGCUUUUGGGGCAUGGUCUGCUGACCGGGGAUAUGAACCCGGUGAAUCAGUUUAUGCACGAGGGUGGUUCAUACUACACCCCGGGCGCACCGCGAGGAUACGAAUACGGCACGGAUACCCGGGGCAUGCCGGAACUGUAUACGACCGAGGCGAAUGGGCGGCAGACUGCGGCCUCUGACCCGCUCGCCUCUUCCGUGCAGAUGACGCCCGACCAGAUGCUGCAGAUGCGCAGUGGCAUGAUGCAGCGGCAGUUCCAGUCACAGGAGAACAGCCGUAAGGAGAUGGCCACCCUUCUCGGCUCGAUCUAUCGAAACUACGGGGCCGCGUCGCAAGGGCAGCGUAUGUUGUCCAUGCUGUCCCCGGCCGUCCAGCAGGGCUGGCUCACCCCGGAACAGGCGCGUGCCGUGUUUACCUCAACUAUGACCGGCGUUAAUCCCUAUAUGAUGGAUGGCGGCGGAGACGGGGGGCAGUAA